ACUUCUGCACGUGGAAGGAAAGAAGGAAAACAACCUUGGAAGUUCUCAACUGUCGACCUCCUGCGAGGACGUUUGCCUCCUGCCCUAAGAGAAACGUUCCCUCUGGAGGCUUGGGCUGCAGGCGCCCUUUGUGGCCACUGAGUGCUCCGAUGCCCACGCCAGGCCGGCCUUCGGGUUGGCGGAGGCUGGGCGGGCUGCUGACCGCACUUGCGUUGCAUCGCAGGGAGCCGCGAAGGGUGAGCCAUGCACGAAGGCGUCCCCCGGCGCUCUGGGGGCCAGGAUGGGGCCCUAGGGAGAGUGGAGCCGUGGGUUGCGCGGGCCCGGCCUGCUAAGGACUCGAGGUCCAGGGAAUCCUCCAAGUCCCGCAAGUUCCGGAAAACACCCCAGCAUCUGAAACUACUUCCAAGGGCCUUGAUAAGAUUCGGCGGUUUCCGAAAAAGGAAAAAAGUCCAGCCCUCUGAUUCCGGAGAAGCGGAUGACAGUUUGGAGCAGCCCUGUGGCGUGGGCUGUGUACCCAGCCCCUGCUGUGAGUGGUGUAAUAACAUUCGCUGCUUCAUGGUUUUCCACUGCAUCCUGGUCAUCUGUCAAGGUGUGAUUUUAGGUCUUAUAGAUGUCAGCAUUGGCGAUUUUCAGAGGCAAUAUUAUGUGAAAACCAUUGAAAAUUUGGCAUUGGAGUGGAGUUAUGAUAUUUCAUCUGCCCUGGUAGCAAUAUUUAUAGCAUUCUAUGGAGACAGAAAAAAAGUAAUAUGCUUUGUAGUUUCCUCCUUUUUAAUAGGACUUGGAUCACUUUUAUGUGCUUUUCCAUCAUUUAGUGAAGAAAAUUAUCAAAGUAAGGUAGCAAUUGAAGAUAUUUGCAAAGAAACAAAGAUUGUCAGUGGUUGCCAGAGGCGUGCAUCAUUCCAGUCAAAAUACUUGUCUUUCUUCACCCUUGGGCAGACUGUGCAAGGAAUAGCAGCAAUACCUCUUUAUAUCCUUGGAGUAACCUUUAUUGAAGAAAGUGUUGCUACACACUCAGCUGGUACUUAUUUAGGUAUUGCAGAAUGUACCCAAAUCAUUGGAUAUGCUAUGGGUUAUGUGAUAGGAGCACCACUAGUUAAGGUCCGCGAGCAUAGUACUGUCAUAAAAAACACUACAAACAAUGAUGGUCCAGAAUGGAUACAGACUUGGUGGAUUAGUUUUCUUUAUACUGCUCUUGUUGCAUGGUGUAUAUCAAUACCAUUGUCGUGCUUUCCAAACAAUAUGCCAGGUUCAACACAGAUAAAAGCUGGGAAACGUGAACAGCUUCAUUUGUUUGACAGAAAAUAUAAAGAUCUGGAACUUGGAAUUAGUAUCAAGGAUUUAUUUGCUGGCCUUUGGAUUCUGAUGAAGAAUCCAGUGCUCAUAUGCUUAGCUCUAUUGAAAGCUGCAGAAUCUUUGUUUAUGAUUGGAGCUUCUGAAUUUUUGCCUAUAUAUUUAGAAAAUCAGUUUAUAUUAACACCCACUAUGGCAACUGCACUUGCAGUACCUGUUUUACUUCUAGGAGGUGCACUUGGCCAUCUUCUGGGAGGUGUCAUUGUUUCCACAUUAGAAAUGUCUUAUAAAGCCCUUAUGAAAUUUAUAAUUGUUACAUCUGCAAUAUCACUUAUACUGCUUAUGUUUAUUAUUUCUGUACGCUGUAAUCCAGUGCAGUUUGCUGGGAUCAAUGAAGAUUAUGAUGGAACAGGGCAGUUGGGAAACCUCACAGCUCCUUGCAAUGAAAAAUGUAGAUGCUCAUCUUCAGUGUAUUCUUCUAUAUGUGGAAGAGAUAAUAUUGAAUAUUUUUCCCCCUGCUUUGCAGGCUGUACAUAUUCUAAAACACUAAACCAAAAAAAGACUUACUACAAUUGUUCUUGCAUUAAAGAGGGGUUAACAACUGAAGAUGGUGAAGGGGAUUUCAUUGAUGCCAGGCCUGGGAAAUGUGAUGCAAAGUGCUACAAAGUAUCUUUGUUCAUUGCUUUUAUUUUCUCUACACUUGUAUAUUCUUCUUUUUGUAGUAUACCAAUUACCUUGGCCAUCAUGAGGGUUGUACCUGAAACACUGCGUUCUCUGGCCUUGGGUGUAAGCUAUGUGAUUUUCAGAAUAUUUGCGACUAUUCCUGGACCAUUACUCUUUAAAACAUCAAGAGAAAGUUCUUGUAUUUUUCGAGACACUAAUAAAUGUGGACGCACAGGGCAAUGUUGGAUAUAUAACCCGACAAAAAUGGCUUACCUACUGGUAGGAAUAUGUUUUCUUUGCAAACUAUGCACUCUCAUCUUCACUACUAUUGCAUUUUUCAUAUACAAACAUCCUGAAAAGGACAGCACUGACAUCCCAGAUAUAACUGUGAAGAAUCCAAAAGCUGAGAAAAGAAAAACUGACUUGUAACUGGAUCAUCAUUUUGAUUGCAAAUCAUUUGAGGAUCAGAAUGUGAAAAUGAGUUUCUCUUUUAAAGAUUCUGUAAGAUUUGUUGCUGUGCCCAACUUUCAGAAGAGGAAAAUCACACAUGAUCUUUACAUAAGUAGCUUAAAUAUAUUUAUAAUGGUCUAUAUUUACAUAAUAAAGUGCCCCGUUGUGAAACAUUUCUGAUAAUGUUUUUAAUGUAUGUAGAUUUUUUAGAAUUUACUGGGAGAAUUAAAUUUUAAUAAUUUUAGAUUAUUUACAUAUCUUCUUAAUAUUCUGCUGUAGAAUAUUAUCUUAAAAAUUAUAGAACUAAAAAAUAAAGUAAAAUAAUAACAUUCAGAGCCACUUUGAACAUGCUUCUAAGGUGUGUUUGUGGUGUGUGUGUGUGGGGUUGAAUAGAUAUAUUAUUACCUGUUUAUGUUACUCUUGCUUUCUUUUUUUCAGAAAAUAAAUCAGUGAAGGUAUAAUAAAAAUUAAAUAAAAAAAUUAAAUAUUGGGAAGUACUGUUAAGACUUUAAAUAUAGAUUUUUGCUAUAAAAGAAUAUGUGUUGCUGUAUCACAAACUAAUUCAUCGAGGAUUGACAAAAAGGGAAAUAACGUAAAUAUAAUUCAGAAGUUCUAUUGGUUAAUUCCAAUUUAAUAUCUCUUUAAAUAAUCAGGGGAAGUUUUUCACUUUUACAGAGAAGAACUUAGCAAUAAAUAAAAUCUUAAAAACUGCUAAAAAUCCCACAGAAGUGCCUUUCUUUGGAGUCAGUUUUGAAUAAUUUAAUGCCACCAAGAAUCACUAUACUUUUGAGAAUUUUAAUAUACCUGAGGAUACUACAUGUGCAGGUAAAGAAGGUGCAAAGAUACUUCUAAAUAUUGGGAUUUUAACUUUGAUGAAGCUGAUCUCUUUUGGAGUUUGUAUCUUCAAGGACCUACAUUUUAAAGGAAGAUGGCGAGCCCCAGCAUUUAAUCCUACAAAGGACUGAGUAUAGUGGUGGGUAAAAAAAAUGCUAGUGGAAGUUUAACUGCUAAGAUGUGUUAAGAUUCUGAUUGUUUUUGUUAGAGCUCUGGUUACAAAGUUGAAUAUUUUUGAGUGGUUUACCUCUACAAUAUUUUCUCCAUAAGCCUGCUUAGUCCUGAUGCUUAAUUUUGCCUAAAGGGACACUGUAAAGGAAUGUCUACAAAAUAUUAGAGUGAAAAUGAUCAUAUUUUAAAAUAGAUGAUAAUUUACAUGUGCUCUUCAAGUUGCACUUGUUCUGAAGUCUUGAAAUGAUUGCUAUGAAAAUCUGAGUUUCUUAGUCUUUUUCUUUACUGGAUUCUUUUUUUUUUUAACAUCAGAUUGAAAUUUUACUGCUUAUCACAUCUAGCAGUCUAAUGCUAAAUGUUGUCUAGAAAUGCAAUAUGUACCAAGGAAAGUGUCAAUUUGGGAAUUAUUAAUGGCAUACUUCUCAGUUUUCAGCACUAUAAAGAGUUUACUCCCAUUUUUUAUUUUGUUAUUUCAGUCUGUUAGAUGCAGAGAAGUAAAGAUGUGUUCAAUUUAAUAUUUUUAAUGGCACUCCUUUUAUCUUUAACAUUGUCUAAUAUAAUAUUUUAAUGAGUAUUAUUAUAGCACAAUAUUGGGUUUUCAAACUUUAAUGUGAAACUACUUUCUGAGGGUCUAAAUAUCUGGUAUUAAAAGUGCUAGUGAUGAAUUUAUUAAUCUAUUGUUUACUCUUGACAUAGGAGGUUUCCACUAGCUAUAAAUAUUAAUUGUAGUUCUUCCCUAUUGAUUAUAUGCAUAUAUUUAUAUACAUAUAUAAUUUUCUUCAUCCAGUUUACUGUUGAUGGGCAUUUAGGUUGAUUUUAGAGCUUUGUUAUUGUGAAUAGGGCUGCAAUGCACAUCUCUGUCCAUGUGUUGUUAUGGCAGGAUGAAUUUUAUUCUUUUGGGUAUAUACCCAAAGGGCAUCACUGGGGCAAAUGGCAAUUCUGUUUGAAGUUCUUUGGGAAAUUGCCACAUUGCUUUUGACAGUGGCAGAACUAAUUUACAUUCCUAUCAGCAGUGUAUAAGCAUUCACAUUUGUUCACAAACUUGUUGGCAUCUAUUAUUUUUGGCCUUUUUAUAAUAGCUAUUCUGACUGGUGUAAGGUGGUAUCUCAUUGUAGUUUUGAUUUGCAUUUCUCUAAUUAGAAUGGUGUGAAAUUUUGUACUGUAAGUCUAAUUAAACCUCUUUUUCUCCCCAGUCUCAGAUAAGUCUUUAUCAGCAGUGUGAAAACAGACUAAGACAGUAAAUUAGUACCAGGAAUGGGGUGGUGUUGAAAAGAUACCCCAAAAUGUGGAAGGGACUUUGGGUAACAGGUACAGGUUGGAACAGUUUGGGGGGCUCAGAAGAAGACAGGAAAAUGUGGAAAAGUUUGGAACUUCCUAGAAACUUGUUGAAUGGUUUUGCCCAAAAUGCUGAUAGUGAUAUAGAGAAUAACAUCCAGGCUGAGGUGAGGAACUUUUUAGGACCUGGAGCAUGGUGACUCUUGCUAUGUUUUAGCAAAGAGACUUGUGGCAUUUUUCCCCUACCCUAAAGGUUGAUUUUUUGGAACUUUGAACUUGAGAGACAUGAUAUAGGGUAUCUGGUGGAAGAAAUGUCUAAGCAGCAAAGCAUUCAAGAGGUGACUUGGGUGCUGUUAAAGGCAUUUACUUUCAUAAGGCAAGCAUAAAACAAAAGUUCAAAAAAUUUCCAGCCUUACAAUAUGACAGAAAAUAAAAACUCAUUUUCUGAGAAGAUAUUCAAGCCAGCUGCAAAAAUUUGCAUAAAUGAUAAGGAGCUGAAUACUAAUCCCCAAGACAAUUAGGAAAAUGUCUCCAGGGUAUGUCAGAGAUAUUCACAGAAAACACUCUCAUCACAGGCCUGGAGCCUAGGAGAAAAUGGUUUCACAGGCCUGGCCCAGAGUCCCUGUGCUUUUGCAGUCUAGCAAAUUGGUGCCUUGUGUCCCAGACACUCCAGCCAUGACUAAAAGGUCCAAGGUACAGGUUGGGCUACUGCUUCUGAGGCUAGAAGCUCCAUGCCUUGGUAGCUUCCACAUGGCAUUGAGCCUGUGAGUGCACAGAAGUCAAGGACUCGGGUUUGGGAAACUCUGCCUAGAUUUCAGAAGAUGUGUGGAAAUACCUGGAUGCCAAAGCAAAAUUUUGGCAGGGGUGGGCCCUCAUGGAAAACCUCUGCUUGGGCAGUGUGGAAGGGAAAUAUGGAGUCAGAGCCCCCACACAGAGUUCCUACUGGGGUACCACCUAGUGAAGCUGUGAGAAGAGGGCCACUGUCCUCAAGAUCCCAGAAUCGUAGAUCCACUGACAGCUUGCACAGUGUUUCUUGAAAAUCCACAAACAUCAAUGCCAGCCCAUGAAUGCAGCAAGGCAGGUGACUAUAUCCUGCAAAGCCACAGGGCCAGAGUUGCCCAAGACCAUGGGAAUCCAACUCUUGUAUCAGUGUGACCUGGAUGUGAGACCUUGAAUCAAAGGAGAUUAUUUUGGAGCUUUAAAAUUUGACUGCUCCACUGGAUUUUGAACAUGCAUGGGCCCUGUAACCCCUUUGUUUUGGCCAAUUUUUCCCCUUUGGGACCACUGUAUUUACCCAAUACCUAUACCCAUAUUGUAUCUAGGAAAUAACUAGCUUGCCUUUGAUUUUUCAGGUUCAUAGGUGAAAAAGACUUGCCUUGUCCUAGAUGAGACUUUGGACUAUGGACUUUAGGGUUCAUGCUGAAAACAGUUAAGACUUUGGGGGACUGUUGGGAAGGCAUGAUUGGUUUUGAAAUGUGAGGACAUGAGAUUUGGGAGAGGUUGGGAAUGGGAUGAUAUGGUUUGGCUAUGUCCCUACCCAAAUAUUAUCUUGAAUUGAAGCCAGGCAGCCAAGUGGUCUAGCUCAGCAGUUUCCACCUUCAUAGACCGCAGCAAUCUAAGAUCCACUAGUAUGAAAUUCUUACUGCCAACACAGUAGUCUGAAGUCAACCUGGGACAGUUGAGCUUGGUGAGGGGAGGGGCAUCUGCCAUUACCAAGCCCUGGGUAGGUGCUUUUCCCCUCAAAGUGUAAAGAAAACCAGUGGGAAGUUUGAACUGGGCAGAGGCCACAGUCGCUUGGCAAAGCCCCUGUAGCCAGACCACAUCCCUAGAUUUCCCCUGUCUGAGCAGGACAUCUUUGAAAGAAAGGUAGCAGGCCCCAUCAGGGGCUUAUAGAUAAAACUACCAUCUUCCUGGGUAAGAGCACCUGGGGGAGGGGGCAGCUGUAAACACAGCUUCAACAGACGUAAAUAUUUCUACCUGCCAGUUUUGAAGAAAGCAGCAGAUCUCCCAGAACAGCACUCAAGCUCUGAUAAGAAACAGACUGUUUCCUCAAGUGUGGGUCCCUGACCUCUGUGCCACCUUACAGGGAGAAAUCUGCCAGCAGGGGUUGACAAACACCUCAUACAGGAGAAUUCCAGCUGGCAUCUGGUGAGUGCCCCUCUGGGACAAUGCUUCCAGAGGAAGGAACAGGCAGCAAUCUUUAUUUCUGCAGCCUCUGCUGGUAAUUCCCAGGCAAACAGGGUCUAGAGUGAACCUCCAACAAAUUCCAGCAGACCUGCAGCAGAGGGGCCUUAACAAACAGAAAGGAACAACAUCAACAUAAAAAAAAAAAAAAAAAAAAAGGACAUCAACACAGAAAACCCAUUGAAAGGUUGCCAACAUCAAAGAAAAGGGUAGAUAAAAUCUACAAACAUGAGGAAAAACAAAGGCAAAAAGGCUGAAAAUUCCAAAAAACAAAUUGCCUCUUCUCCUCUAAAAGAUCACAACUCCUCACCAGCAAAAGAGCAAAACUGGAUGGAGAAUGAGUUUGAAAAAUUGACAGAGGUAGGCUUCAGAGGGUGGUAAUAACAAACUCCUUUGAGCUAAAGGAGCAUUUUUAACCCAAUGCAAGAAACCUAAGAACAUUGAAAAAAAGGUUAGAGAAAUUGCUAACUAGAAUAAUAAGUUUAGAGAAGAACAUAAAUGACCGGAUGGAGCUGAAAACACAGCACAAGAACUUUAUGAAGCAUAUGCAAGUAUCAAUAGCCAAAUUGAUCAACUGGAAGAAAGGAUAUAGGAGAUUGAAGAUCAAUUUAAUGAAAAAAAGUGUGAAGACAAUAUUAGAGAAAAAAAGAAUGAAAGGAAUGAACAAAGCCUUCAAGAAAUAUGAAACUAUGUUAAAAGACCAAACCUAUGUUUGGUGUACCAGAAAGUGAUGGGAAGAAUGGAACUAAGUUGAAAAAUGAUCUUCAGAAUAUUAUCCAGGAGAACUUCCCCAACCUAGCAAGACAGAACAAUAUUCAAAUACAGGAAAUACAGAGAACACCACAAAAACACUUUUUGAGAAGAGCAACCCCAAGACACAUAAGUGCCAGAUUCGCCAAGAUUGAAAUGAAAGAAAAAAUGUUAAGCGCAGUCAGAAAGAAAUAUCAGGUUACCCACAAAGGGAAGCUCAUCAUACUAACAGCAGAUCUCUCUGCAGAAACCCUACAAGUCAGAAGAGAGUGGGAGCCAAUAUUCCACAAUCUUAAGGAAAAGCAUUUUCAAGUCAGAAUUUCAUAUCCUGCCAAACUAAACUUCAUAAGAGAAGGAGAAAUAAAAUCCUGUACACACAAGCAAAUGCUGAGAGAUUUUGAUCACCACCAGGCCUGCUUUAUGAGAGUUCCUAAAGGAAGCACUAAAUAUGGGUUGGAAAAACUGGUACCAGCCACUGCAAAAGCAUACCAAAUUGUAAAGACCAUUGCCACUAUAAAUAAACUACAACAACUAAUAAGUUAAAUAACUAGCUAGCAUUGUAAUGACAGGAUCAAAUUCACACAUAACAAUAUUGACCUUAAAUGUAAUGGGGAUAAGUGCCCCAAUUAAAAGACACAGACUGGCAAAUUAGAUAGUCAAGACCCAUUGGUAUGCCGUAUUCAGGAGACCGAUCUCACAUGCAAAGUCACAUAUAGGUUCAAAAUAAAAGGAUAGAGAAAUAUUUACCAAGCAAAUGAAAAAAAAAAAUCAGGAGUUGAAAUCCCAGUCUCUGAUAAAACAGACUUUAAACCAACAAAGAUCAAAAGAGACAAAGAAGGGCCUUACAUAUUGGUAAAGGGAUCAAUGCAAUAAGAAGAGCUAAUCAUCCUAAAUGUAUAUUCACCCAAUACACAAGCACCUAGAUACAUAAAGAAAGUUCUUAGAGACCUGCAAAGAGACAUAGACUCCAACACAAUAAUAGUGGGAGACUUUAACACCCCACUGUCAAUAUUAGACAGAAGAACAAGACAGAAAAUUAACAGUGAUAUCCAAGACAUGAACUAGGAUCUGGACCAAGCAGACCUAAUAGACAACUACAGAACUCCUAACCCCAAAUAAACAGAAUAUACAUUCUUCUCAGUACCACAUCACUCUUAUUCUAAAAUUAAUAACAUAAUUGGAAGUAAAAUACUUCUCAGCAAAUGCAUAAAACAGAAAUUAUAACAAACUGUUUCCCAGAACACAGGGCAAACAAAUUAGAAUGCAGGAUUAAGAAACUCACUUAAAAUCACACAACUACAUGGAAACUGAGCCACCUGCUCCUGAAUGACUUAUGGGUAAAUAACAAAAUUAAGGCAGAAAUAAAUAAAUUAUUUGAAACCAAUGAGAAUCAAGAUGCAGCAUACCAGAAUCUGUGGGACAGAUAAGGCAGUAUUUAGAUGGAAAUUUAUAGCCCACAGGAGAAAGCAGGAAAGAUCUAAAAUCGACACCCUAACAUCAAAAUUAAAAGAACUAGAGAAGCAAGAGAAAACAAAUCCAAAAGCUAGCAGAAGACAAGAAAUAACCAAGAUCAGAGCAGAACUGAAUGAGGUAGAGACACACACACACACAAAAACCUUCAAAAAAUCAAUAAAUCCAGGAGCUAGUUUUUUUUUUUAAGAUUAACAAAAUAGGUAGACCACUAGCCAAACUAAUAAAGAAGAAAAGAGAGAGGAAUUAAAUAGACACAAUAAAAAAUAAUAAAGGGGAUAUCACCACUGAUUUCAUAGAAAUACAACUACUAUCAGAGUAUACUAUAUGCCAAUAAACGAAAAAAUCUAAAAGAAGUGGAUAAACUCCUGGACACAUACACCCUCAUGCUAAGUCAGGAAGAAGCUGAAUUCCAGAAUAGACCUGUAACAAGUUCUUAAAUUGAAGCAGUAAUAACUAGCCUAAUGACCAAAAUAAAAAGCCCAGGACCAGAUGAAUUCACAGCCAAACAACUGAAUUCUACCAGAGAUAUAAAGAGAAGCUGGUACCAUUCCUUCUGAAACUAUUCCAAACAAUAGAAAAGAAAAGAGACCUCCCUUACUCAUUUUAUGAGGCCAGCAUCCUGAUAACAAAACGUGUCAGAGACACACACACAAAAUUUCAGGCCAAUAACUCUGAUGACUGUUGAUGUGAAAGUCCUCAAUAAAAUACUGGCAAACAGAAUCCAGCAGCACAUCAGAAAGUGUAUCCACCAUGAUCAAGUUGCCUUCAUCCCUGAGAUGCGAUGCUAGUUCAAUAUAGUAAAUCAAUACAUGUAAUUCAUCACAUAAACAGAAACAAUAACAAAAACCACAUGAUUAUCUCAACAGAUGCAGAAAAGCCCUUCAAUAAAGUUCGACAUCCCUUUAUGCUAAACACACUCAAUAAACUAGAUAUUGAGGAAACAUAUCUCAAAAUAGUAAGAGCUAUUUAUGACAAACCCAUAGUCAAUAUCAUACUGAAUAAGCAAAGGUUGGAAGUAUUCCCUUUGAAAACUGGCACAAGGCAAGGAUGCCCUCUCUCACCACUCCUAGUUAACAGUAUUGGAAGUCCUGGCCAGGGCAAUCAGGCAAGAGAAAGAAAUAAAUGGUAUUCAAAUAGGAAGAGAGAACAUCAAAUUGUCUCUUGUUUGCAAAUGACAGAAUUGUAUUCUAUAUUUGGAAAACCCCAUCAUCUCAGCCCAGAAUCUCCUUAAGCUGAUAAACAACUUCAGCAAUUUCUCAGGAUACAAAAUCAAUGUGCAAAAAAUCACAAGCAUUUCUAUACACCAAUAAUUGACAAACAUAGAGCCAAAUCAUAAGUGAACUCUCUUUCACUGUUGCUAGAAAUACCCAGAAAUACAACUUAGAAGGGAUGUGAAAAACCUCUUCAAGGAUAACUACAAACCACUGCUCAAGAAAUUAAGAAAGGACACAAACAAAUGGAAAAACAUUCUAUCCUCAUGAAUAGGAAGAAUCAGUAUUGUGAAAAUGGCCACACUGCCCAAGUAAUUUACAGAUUAAAUGCUCUCCCCAUCAAGCUACCAUUGACAACACAGAAUUAGAAAAACUACUUUAAAUUUUAUAUGGAACCAAAAAAGAGCCUGUAUAGCCAAGACAAUCCUAAGCAAAAAGAAGAAAACUGGAGAUAUCACACUACCUAACUUUAAACUAUACUAGAAGGCUACAGUAACAAAAAGAACAUGGUACUGGUAACAAAACAGAUAUAUAGACCAAUGGAACAGAACAGAGGCCUCAGAAAUAAGGCCAAACAUCUACAACCACCUGAUCUUUGACAAACCUAACAAAAACAAGCAAUGGGGAAAGAAUUCCGUGUUUAAUAAAUGGUGUUGGGGAAACUGGCUAGCCAUAUACAGAAAAGAGAAACUGGACCCCUUCCUUAUGCCUUAAUACAAAAAUUAACUCAGAUGGACUAAAGAUUUAAACAUAAGAUCUAAAACCAUGAAAACCCUAGAAGAAACCAUUUAGGACAUAGGCAUGGGCAAAAACUUCUUGAUUAAAAUAUCAAAAGCAAGGGCAACAAAAGCCAAAAUUAAGAAAUGGGAUCUAGUUAAUCUAAAGAGCUUCUGCUCUCUUGGGGAGAGAGCCAAGAUGGCUGGUUGCUAACAGCUUGGGAUUGUGAGCAGAAAAUGAGAGGACACCACACUUUCAGAUGAAUUUUGUUGCUCAUGGACCAGAAGAUUCCCAGCGGAGGAGCCCCACGGGUUGCCAGCAUGACUCUUAUGGCUGGCACAGCAGUUUUGCAGGUGCCUCGGCACGGCGGCUCUUGGUGCAGAGUAAGCGGGACUGGAUCCCCUUCUGACUGACAUUUGGAGCUCCAGGAAGGCAGAGUCACCUAUUACGGAUUCAAGAAGGAAGCUAUACUGAGGAUUCCUGGGCAGAAGAACACCAUCAGUCUUAACACCGCUGUUUUGGCUGGUGCAGUGGGUUGCUCGGAUUCCAGCACUGGGAAUCAAUAAACUGGGCAUCCACUCAGAAACCCAACUAGAAAGGCAGUAAUCGUAAAGACGACAGAUGGAUAAAUUUAUAACAAAGGGAAGAAACCAGCCUAAAAAGGCUGAGAAUACCCAAAAUCAGAACGCCUUUCCAUCUACAGGGGAUUACAGUUCCUCAUCAGCAACGGAACGAGGCCUGAUGGACAAGGACUGUGUGCCAUUAACAGAAGUAGGCUUCAGAAGGUGGAUGAUAAGAAACUUCUGGGAGUUAAAAGAACUUGUUCUAACCCAAUGCAAAGAAAGUAAGAACUUUGAAAAAAGGUUUGACAAAAUGUUAAUAAUUAUAGACAAUAUAGAGAGGAAUAUAAAUGAAUUAAUGGAGUUGAAAAACACGAGAACUUUGUGAAAUAUGCACAAGUUUUAAUAGCCGACUUGAUCAAGCAUAAGAAAGGAUAUCAGAGGUUGAAGUUCAACUUAAUGAAAUAAAAGGAGAAGACAAGAAUAGAGAAAAAAGGAUAAAAAGGAAUGAGGAAAGUCUCCAAGAAAUAUGAGACUAUGUGAAAAGACCUAAUUUACGUUUGAUAGGUGUACCUGAAUACGACAAAGAGAAUGAAUCCAAGUUGGAAAAUACUCUUCAGGAUAUUAUUCGGGAAAACUUUCCCAACCUAUCAAGGCAGGACAAUACUCAACUCCGGGUAAUACAGAGAACACCACAAAGAUACUUCUCAAGAAGAGCAACCCCAAGGCACAUAAUCGUUAGAUUCACCAGGGUUGAAAUGAAGGAGAAAAUACUAAGGGCAGCCAGAGAGAAAAGUCAGGUUACUUACAAAGGGAAGCCUAUCAGACUUACAGCAGAUCUCUCAGCAGAAACCCUACAAGCCAGAAGAGAGUGGGGGCCAAUAUUCAAUAUCCUUAAAUAAAAUAACUUUCAUCCCAGAAUUUCAUAUCCAGCCAAACUAAACUUCACAACUGAAGGAAAAAUAAAAUCUUUUAUGAAGAAGCAAGUACUCAGAGAUUUUAUUACCACCAGGCCUGCUUUACAAGAGCUUCUGAAAGAAGCAUUACACAUAGAAAGGAACAACCAGUAUUAACCUUUCUAAAAAUAUACCAAAAAGUAAAGAGCAUCAACAUAAUGAAGAAUUUACAUCAAUGAAUGGACAAAAUAGCCAGUUAACAUCAAAUGGCAGUAAUCCUAAAUUUAAAUUGACUAAAUCCCCCAAUCAAAAGACACAGUCAAAACCCAACGGUAUGCUACAUCCAAACCCAUUUCACAUGCAAGGAUACACAAAGACUUAAAACAAAGGGAUGGAGAAACAUUUACCAUCCAAAUGGAGAGCAAAAAUAAAAUAAAUAAAUAAAAAGCAGGAGUUGCAAUUCUUGCCUCUGAUAAGAUAGAUUUUAAAGCAACAAAGAUAUAGUGGUAAAAGCAUCAAUGUGACAAGAAGAGCUAACAAUCCUAACACCCAGAUACAUAAGACCUAUAAAGAGACUUAGACUCCCUAGACUCCCACACAAUAAUGGUGGGAGACUUCAACAUCAAUAUUGGAUAGAUCAACGAGACAGAAGAUUGAUGGGGAUGUCCAGGACUUGAACUCAGAUCCGGAACAAGUAAACUUAAUAAACAUUUAUAGAGCUCUCAACUUUAAAUACAUAAGGUGUACAUUCUUGUCAGUGCCACAUUGCACCUACUCAUAGGUUUAAAUGAAUUAUUGAUCGGCCAUUACUAAGCAUGAUUAUUGGCAUAAAAGAGGUUUUUAAUACCCAUUUUUAGAAUAAAGCAGCAUUCCGGUUCUCUCUCCCUCUUUUUCUUCCUCUUUCUUCCUCUCCUUUUCUUUUUUUUUUCUUUCUUUCCUUCUCUUCCUUCUAAAGAAAAAAAAAAAAAGAGCUUCUGCACAGCAAAAGAAACUAUCACCAGAGUGAAUAGGCAACCUACAGGCUGGGAGAACAUUUUUGCCAUCUAUCCAUCUGACAAAGGGCUAACUAAUAUCCAGAAUCUACAAAAAACUUAAAUUCACAAGAAAAAAAAACCAUCAAAAAGUAUGUGAAGGAUUUGAACAGACACUUCUCAAAAGUGGCCAACAAACAUAUGAGAAAAGGCUCAUAAUCACUGGUCAUUAGAGAAAUGCAGAUCAAAGCCACAAUGAGAUACUAUCUCAAACCAGUUAAAAUGGUGAUCAUAAGUGAACUCUCAUUCACAAUUGCUACAAAUAUAAUAAAAUAUCCAAGAAAACAACUUACAAGGGAUGUGAAGAACCUCUUCAAGGAUAACUACAAACCAAGAAAUUCAGAAGACUCAAACAAAUGGAGAAACAUUCCAUCCUUAUGAAUAGGAAGAAUCAAUAUUGUGAAAAUGGCCACAUUGCCCAAGUAAUUUACAGAGUCAAUGCUAUCCCCAUCAAGCUACCACUGACUUCACAGAAUUAGACAUACUGAUGAAAUAGAAUGCUUUUGCAUUGUUGGUGGGAGUGUAAGUUAGUUCAACCAUUGUGGAAGAUAGUAUGGUGAAUCCUCAAGGAUCUAGAACCAGAAAUACCAUUUGACCAAGCCAUCCUAUUACUGAGUGUAUACCCAAAGGAUUAUGAAUUAUUCUACUAUAAAGACACAUCACAUGCACCUGUAUAUUUAUUGUAGCACUAUUCACAAAGACUUGGACCCAGCCCAAAUGUCUAUCAAUAAUAGACUGCAUAAAGAAAAUGUGACACAUAUACAUUAUGGAAUACCAUGCAGCCAUAAAAAAGGAUGAGUUUAUGUUUUUGCAGGGACACGGAUGAAGUUGGAAACCAUAAUUCUUAGCAAACUAACACAAGAACAGAAAAACAAACACCACAUCUUCUCACUCAUAAGUUGGAGUUGAACAAAAAUCCCCUUACCAAAUCUGUUAAGUGCAUAGUAAAUGCCCUUAUUUAGGUACCUAAAAGUAAUGUUUUUGUCUCUAAUGAAUAGCUUGCUCCAAGGUACCAUUUCUUAAAUUUUACUCACACAAGACUGUUCUUAAUGUUUGAACAAUGAAUAUAGUGCUACUCCAAGUUAAUCUCUUCACUGUCUGAAAAUGCAGAAGUUUUCAGGGUUAAACAGUUUCCUAGAAGCUUAGGGAAAACUCACUGCCUAGGCAAUCUCUGCCUUGUGAAUGCCUGUAUAAACUUUAGAGGCUGUGCUGAUACCAUGCAGCUCUGUUCCUGAGGCCCGUCCUGACAGCUCUCAGCUUACAGACCUUGUGGACAGGAGUCACACUCAUUGUGAUCAUCUAGGAGAGGUCAGCAAUUAUGGUAUCAGGAUGUGGAGUAAGUGUUGCUUUAUGCUUUCUUCUUGAUGGAGCAGUAAGGAAAGUUCAUGCAUUUGUUUGUCUGCCUGUCCGGUCAUCAAAUCCUGAGUGUGUCCUAGUGAAAGUCAUUGGUUAGUUACUAAGGACAUAAAGGCCAAUAUACCCUGGACUCUGCCCUCAAGAAGCUGGAGAUCCAGGAGAGGGGACAGGGAGAUAAACAAGUAAAAGUGUUACUGUACUUUGACAGGUGUGUGUCUAGGGUGCCAUGUAAUCAUUGAAAGGAAGCACCUGGUUCAACAUUGGGUGAAGUGGUUUAAGAAAGGCCUGAGAGAGGAAGCCUAAGAGUUGUAGCAUUUCUGGAAGAGGAAAUCCAGCAAACAGAGGCAUGGAAGUGUAAGAUGGCCCAGGCUGUUGGGCACUGUGAGCCAUGCAGCACAGCUGGAGCAAGGCCAUAAGGAGACAUGGCUCCCAGGUGUUUGAAUGCUAACUUUUAAAAUUUUUUAGAUACAUGUUCUUGCUCUAUCGCCCAGGAUAGGGUGCACUGAUUUGAUGAUAGCUCACCAUACCCUCAAACUCCUGAGCUAAAGGGAUCUUCCCACCUCAGCCUCUUGAGUAGCUGGGAGUACAGACAGGUGCCAUCAUGCCUAUUUAAAACAAUUUGUUUGAAAUAGGGUCUCACUAUGUUGCCCAGGCUGGUCUCAGAUUCUUGGCCUCAAGUGAUCCUCUCACCUCAGCCUCCCAAGCAGUUGGAAUUAUAGGUGAACCUGUAGUUACAGGUCCACACUGCCCACCUCUAACAUUCUUAAGACAGCAAACAUAGGCAUUCUGGUUAGUUUUAUUCUGCUGGCUUUCAGAAAAGGUAGGUCUGAACUAUCAUCUCAUUAGCAAUACAAUUUAUUUUGAAUCCAGUACUGUGAAAGGCAAACCUACCUUUAAAAUUUAUGAUAGAGCCAUAUUGCUCACGAAGUUUCAAUCUUUUGAUUAUAUCAUCACUAAGAUAGCCCUCCACUAUUUUACAAGCUUAAAGAUUUUUUAGUUUGGCAUGAAUAAUCAACAAACUCCAAAGCAAAUGGCUAGGUUAAAUUCUGAAUCUACAGAUGAAAACAUCACAUCUUGACCUUAUCAUUUGCCUGAACAUAGUUUAGUAUAAGGACCAUUAUGGGCUUUUCUUGUUCUUUUUGGGUUGAAGUCAUGCUCUGUUACCCAGGUUGGAGUGCAGAAGCGUGAUCUUGGCUCACUGCAGCCUCUAUCUCCCAGGUUUAAGUGAUUCUCCUGCCUCAGCCCCCCAAGUAGCUGGGACUAUAGGCAAGAUCCACCACACCUGGCUAAUUUUUUUUUAUUUUUAUUUUUAGUAGAGAUGGGGUUUCACCAUGCUGACCAGGCUGGUCUUACUUUGUUUUCCAGAUUGAAAAGAUUACACCAAGUCUCACUGUGAUGUGCAGUACUAUGAAUGCCUCUUAGCAGUCAGGGUGUGUGCAUGCAGUGGAGUCUUGCCCUUCCUAAUCCUUUCAGGCACAUCUAAUACAGGGCUGCCACAACUGCUCAGCACAACUCGGGAAUGGCCUUCAGAAAGAGUUUUCUUUGCUGCUCAUUCAUUCAUUCAUUCAACAAUCAUAUAUAUGUGUAAGUAUAAUGAUAUAUAAUAUAAAUACACAUAUUAUUAAUAAUCUGGACAGAGGGAAUGGCUCUGGUAUGUAUAGAAGGUGACAAAAAUGUGUGGCUAGAGGGGUUGGGUGCAUUAACAGUGGAAGGAAAGUUCAGAGUGACAAGCGAAAUCUCAUAGGGAUUUGCAGACAAGAAAUUUUAGAAGUAAAUGAUGCAGAGCCAUGAGAGAGUCUUUAAUGGGGGAUUGAUAAGAUCUAAUUUACUACUUACAUAUAAAGAGUUAUUACAUGACCAUGCGGUCAUAGGAAAUUCUUCUUAUGAACGACUGUAUUUUCCAAAGAUGGCCAUACCUAUGUAUGUAUCCCUUUCUAAACGUGCCUGAUAUGGUCUGGCUGUGUCCUCACCCAAAUCUCAUCUUGAAUUGUAGCUCUCACAAUUCCCAUGUGUUGUGGGAGGGACCUGGUGGGAAAUAAUUGAAUCAUGGGGGCAGUUUUCCCCAUACUGUCUUGUGGUAGUGAGUAAGUCCCAUGAGGUCUGAUGGUUUUAUAAGGAGAAACCUGUUUCACUUGGUUCUCAUUCUCUCUUUGCCUGUCACCAUGUAAGACAUGCCUUUUGCCUUCCACUGUGAUUGUGAGGCCUCCCCAGCCAUGUGGAACUGUGAGUUCAUUAAACCCCUUUUUCUUUAUCAAUUAAAAAAAAAAAAGAUAACACAUGGACAC